AAUACAAAUAUAUUACCAAUUAUAAGUAAAAAAAUUUCGAAACGUUUGGGGGCGAUAUAGAUCCGCUAAAGAGAAAGACAGCGAUAUAGGAAUUUUACUUCACACACACUGAAAAAUGGCGCCACUUUUGCAGAGCUCUCAGCCAUGGGUCGAAAAAUAUCGGCCAAAGCAAGUGAAAGAUGUAGCACACCAGGACGAGGUGGUCCGCGUUCUCACCAACACUCUCGAGACCACAAAUUGCCCUCACAUGCUCUUCUAUGGACCGCCCGGCACCGGCAAGACCACCACCGCACUCGCCAUCGCCCACCAGCUCUUCGGCCCUGAGCUCUACAAGUCCAGGGUGCUGGAGUUGAAUGCAAGUGAUGACCGUGGCAUCAACGUUGUUCGGACAAAGAUCAAGGGUUUUGCUGCUGUGGCUGUAGGUUCUGGUCAGCGUCAAGGGGGUUAUCCAUGUCCGCCAUACAAGAUUAUAAUUCUAGAUGAGGCAGAUUCAAUGACUGAAGAUGCUCAGAAUGCCCUGAGGCGUACUAUGGAAACUUACUCCAAAGUUACAAGAUUCUUUUUUAUAUGUAAUUACAUCAGCAGGAUCAUAGAACCACUUGCUUCAAGGUGUGCAAAGUUCAGGUUCAAGCCACUUUCAGAAGAAAUAAUGACUACUCGUAUAUUGCAUAUUUGCAACGAAGAAGGCCUCAAUCUGGAUGCUGAGGCUCUUUCAACCUUAAGUUCUAUUUCACAGGGUGAUCUUCGUCGGGCUAUUACCUACUUGCAGUCUGCUGCGCGAUUAUUUGGAUCAACCAUUUCUUCCAAGGACCUUAUUAGUGUGUCUGGGGUGCUACCACAAGAGGUCGUUGAGGCAUUUCUUAUAGCAUGCAAAAGCGGUGACUUUGAUUUGGCAAACAAGGAAGUCAAUAAUGUAAUUGCAGAGGGAUAUCCGGUCUCUCAGAUGCUUUUUCAGUUACUUGAGGUGGUUGUUGAGGCAGAUGACAUAUCAGAUGAACAGAAGGCCAGAAUUUGCAAGAAAUUGGGCGAAGCAGAUAAGUGUCUUGUUGAUGGUGCAGACGAGUACCUCCAGCUGCUUGAUGUGGCUGGCAAUACAAUGAGAGCUCUUUGUAACAUGCCACAAGAAUUCUCUUAUGAGUGCUAGGUAGUUUGGCAACUCUAACUUCAAUACAGCUUGUUGUCAGUUCAUUUAGAGACAGUUUAUUCAAAUUUGGGAGAUGAUAAAUCUGUCAAACCGAAAAAUCUUUUAGUAGCCAAAUGCUGAAAGGAAACAUGGCAUCCACGGAGGAAUUGUUCCUUCUAAUGUUUUCUUUCCUUGGAACAAUUUCUUAUGCCUAAUGUAAUGUGAGUUCAAUAUAUGUUAAGUCUCUCAACCUAAGAGUUCAA